AUGAAGGUCUUGAUCAAGCUGAAUGGCAGAACAGAAACUGUAGAAAAUGUCAGCGUGGAUGACAAAUGUUUGCCAAUCGUGGCCGGGUUGCAUCCUUACACAAGCUCCAGUGUGCAGACAUCACCUUUGGUGCAGGAAUCAGUUCUGUGGUUCAAAACUUUAGCUGUGGAUGCCGUGUACAUUGACUGUGAUCGGAGGCUCGUCUUCUGGACACCCACUGUUAGGGAAGCUGGCACGACAGAUGUUGUGCUGAGGCGCUCUGGGACAGCUGUUUCAGAUACAGCAAACUUGAUUCCUGCAGCAGCUAAACCACUGUUCAAGGACAGAAGUAUUUAUGACCUGGAUGCCUCCCUGAAAGAAAUGAUGGACAAAUGCUCAGAAGCUGUGAGGAAGUAUUUCAAGAAGACACACUCAGCUGAAGAAUUUCAUAAAAUCCUGGCACAAAUAUUACAUAUGUACAUCCUUCCCCGCCUGAUUGAAAUGCGUUUAGCAAAGUCUGAAAAUGUCAUUACAAAAAAGGCUUUCACUAUUGAGAAUUUGAAGAAGUGUUUGCAGACGUUGAAGCAAAAUCUGCUAGACCGAGAGAACCUAGACAGUGAGAGGUAUUUGCAGACGUGUAAAAGAGAAUUUUUAAUAACGCUUCUGAAAACAGUUGAGUCUGAUAUAGAUGACUUAAAUAUAGAACUAGCAGCUGAACAAAGCAAAAUUAAUUGGGCCAGGAAUCACCCCACAGAUAAUGUCAAUCUUACUGAGGUGAAGAAAAGGAGGGACAGUUUGUUUCAUGAGGUAAGUACAUUUAUUAGAGUCAGGGAGGCAAUCAAGAAUGUUAUAUCCAGGAGGAACUUAACGAAGAGGAAAGUUAAAAAGACUGAAGUGAUAAACAGUUGUUUUCAUAAUAUUUUUGUUGAGAUCGUGAGACGGCUAGAGAUGGAAAAUCGUAUUUUAGGCCAAUUAGGCAAUGAUAAAGUGAAUAUUUGUGCCACACGUGAGGCUCUUGUGUGCACUCUUCUUGAAAUGGUAACAAACAAUAGAAAUUCUGAUAGGGCCACAAAAUUUGAGCCAGAAGAUUUUGCAGAUUUUUCUGUUAGUGAAGGUCAAAGAGGGAAAAAAUCUGGUCUUUGGCUGACAUUUCAAGAAAGAGUGGCCAGAGUUUUAGAAAAUAAUUCUUCAGUAGCAUUCACAUUACAUAAAGAUGGCUGCAGAAAUAUUAUUUCAAAAAUUAACUUAGCUCUUAGUGAAUUCCAGCUGGUGAAACGAGAUGGGUUCAGACUGCCACAUCAUCGCGAGACAACGAAUGAUGAUAGAAAAAACUCUCGCUUUUAUGUGUCUUUGAAUGAUGUAACCUUAACAGACUCUGAAGACACACCUUCAAAAUCUAAAAGAAGGGAGGCAGUUCUCAUUGACAGAAACAAUGAAUAUGUUCUUAUUCCUAACCCAUUUCAAAGCUCAGGUAUAAAUAAAACCCAGACUCUUCAAGGAUUGAAGUCAGAAAGUGAAACAGGCAACAAAAGUGGGUUUUUAAAAAGAAGAGUUCAGUCUACAAUUAACAUUAAUGUCAGUGAAAAAACAAAUCAAGGCAUUUCUGCAAGUGAUGGAUUCAACAGCAGUUUACUAGAACCAACUGUGAGGAAAUAUUCAUCUGGGUCAUCACUAACUGAUAUGCCAGAUAAUGAAAACUUAUCAUUAGUUGAUGAGGAGUCUGAUCGGGUUGGUACAAAUACAAUCAGAGGUGACGAUGACACUCUGCAGAGUCCACGGCAUGUGAUGACAGAGCAGCUAGCUCUGGGUUCCCUAAUGAAAACGGUGGAAAACCUAAAAGUUCAAAUACAGAGUCACUUUAAGGAGGUCAUCAAGCAGCUGGACCGCGAGCUACGCACAGUAGAUCUGAAUGAAGUCUCUGGCCAGGAGCAUAAAGAACUUCUGUGGAAGUCUUACGAGCGGUUCUUUUGUGAGGAAGUGUGCACACGGCUGAUGGACUUAUACAUCACAGGUUUGACUUUUGGCGUACAUAAAGCAUAUGCCACUCUGAGAAAAACAUCCCUGCAGGAAAUUAUGGAAGAUGAUAAACUCCUGGAUCUUUUCUUUGGAGGCAAAGAAGUUCAUGGAAGAUCAGUUUCUAUACCGGUUCCUUCUCUUAAUUAUUCAGAAGAUAAAGUCUCACUGGCGAAAACUCUGUCAUCUCUUAGCUUGGAUGUACGUUGUUGUGAUGUUAAAGAACUGUACACACUCGCCAAUGCAGAUGGUGAUGACCUCUGCAGACGCUUUAAUCUUGAUAACAUCGAAUAUGAUGAUGAAGAUGUUAAAACAUCCAGCAGUGGUUCUUUAAGAUCUGCCGAGCUGUCAGAUGAUGAAGGUACUUAUGAUUCACCUUCAACCAGCACCCAGUCUGCCACCUCCGUCGUCAGCGUUGAUGAGCAGAGAUAUAACACAGAUAAAUUAAAAAUACUCUCCUCACCAGAAAAUAUUACAGAAAUUAUGGAACCGGUCAUGUCACCCUUUAGAAAAUUCAUUACAAAAUGUUUCAAUGCCUCAUGUUUCCUGGAUAAGCUCCGCUACAUCACUAAAGCCAUCGAAAAUUUAAACAGUGACAUUUCUCAAAUGAUUAGUCCGGACUUCAAAUCUGCUUGUGAUGACAUCAUCAGCAUGUUGGUCCUAGCACUAUACAGCCUGCCCGAAGAGAUGUUCAUCAAUUUAUACAUCAACCUGCGCCUGCUCAUGGACGUCCUGCCAGAUUUUCUUAGUGGGACUCUGUGGGAGUAUAAUCUGGUCACUUUAUGUGCCUCUUAUGACUACCUGUUCACACGGGAAGUGUGUCAGCGAGUCAUCAGGCAGUACCCUGGCAGCUUCUAA